AUGUUCACGAAACAAGACGAAGCCGGCGAACAUGAUUCGCCACCCAUCCAUGUUGAGCACCAUGGCACCAUGGGCGAGUCAUCUGCCGUGGAAAUCGGGGACCAGACAGACGAGCUACAUCGUGGGCUCAAGAGUCGCCACAUCCAAUUCAUAGCACUGAGCGGUGCGAUCGGGACGGGCUUAUUCAUCGGUUCCGGAUCGAUCCUGGCCAGUACGGGCCCGGCGUCUCUUUUCCUCGCCUACAUCUGCAUGAUUUUCGUGGUUUGGGUAAUCAUGGACUGUCUUGCCGAAAUGGUCACAUACUUGCCAUUGCGUGGCGUCACGAUCCCCUACCUGGUCGGCCGGUUCCUCGACCCGAGCGUGGCUUUUACAGCUGGCUGGAAUUACUGGUUCGCCUACGCCAUCUUGAUUGGUGCCGAGGCCACCGCCGCCGGCAUCGUCGUCGAAUACUGGAAGCCACCCGUGCACGUGGCGCUCUGGAUCGCCAUCAUCCUUGCCGUGUUGCUCGUUCUCAACAUCUUCUCCGUCAGCUACUACGGCGAAUCGGAGUUUUGGUUCUCCAGCAUCAAGUUCAUCACAAUCAUAGGACUCAUCAUCGUCGGCAUUGUAAUCUUCUUCGGUGGGGGCCCUGACCAGCACGGAAUAUUGGGCUUCUCCAAUUGGAAAGUUCCCGACGGUGCGUUCAAGGAGUUUGGCAAGAAGUCUGGCGUAGAUGGAGACGCGGGACGAUUCCUCGGUUUCUGGUAUGCCUUUAUUCAAGCGAGUUUUGCGUUUCUGCUUUCGGCCGAGCUCAUCGCCAUCGCCGCCGGGGAGACUGUUGCACCACGGCGAAACAUUCCGAAAGCGGCUCGUCGCUUUGCCUGGCGGCUACUCAUAUUUUACGGAUGCUCCUCCCUCAUCGUGGGCAUUCUUGUGCCGUCGACCGAGAAGGAUCUCUUGGGGGCUUCGGACGCUGGCGCUUCUCCAUUCGUCAUCGGGAUUCACAAUGCGGGUAUUCCGGUCCUGAACCACAUCAUCAACGCCGCCAUCCUGACGUCAGCCUGGUCCGCAGGAAAUUCGUUUCUAUUUUCCGGUAGCCGUGUCUUGUACUCACUUGCCAAGGACGGCGAUGCGCCUCGCAUCUUCCAGACCACGAACAAGAAAGGCGUUCCUUGGGUAGCUGUCGUCGCGACGUGGUCUAUCGGCCUCCUGGCCUUCCUCAAUGUGUCAAAUUCUGGCGGUGUCGUUUUUGGUUGGCUGGUCAACAUCAUUAUCGGGUGCGGUUUCAUAUCCUGGAUCAUCAUCUGCAUCACAUAUCUCCGGUUCAGAAGAGCAAUGCAGUACCAUGGUCUCCUGGACACUCUUCCGUUCCGGUCCCGCCUUCAACCAUACAAGACAUGGGUCGUCCUCGUCACCGUCAUCAUUUUGACUCUUACCAAGGGGUUUGACAUAUUCCUCGCCGGGAAUUGGGACGCAAAGUCCUUUGUGGCUGCGUACAUCACCUUGCCAUUGGUGCUGGCGAUAUAUAUUGGCCACAAGAUCUGGUCCCGGACCCCGCUUUAUAUUCCCACAAAGGAUAUUGAUGUUUUGACGGGAAAGAGGGAAAUGGAUGCGCUUGAAGCCAGGGAAGUGCCCAGGGUGCCAAAGAAUUGGCUUGAGAAGAUCUGGUACUGGGUUGCCUGA